AUGUAUGGCAACGCCGUUUCGGAUGAGCUGAAGGCAGAGCAGCAAUGGAGACUGCCGCGUGAGCUUGCUCGACUGAACAGUGGCUUCUCCCUGGAACGCACGCGAUUCUACAACGAUGUGGAUAAGACGGGCACGAGUCGACGUGCCAUUGGAAUGAUGAUACCCAGCGGGGAUGCUUUCACGUUUGAGGUAUCAUUCUUCGGGCAGACCAUGCCCGAGAUGACUGAGCUAGUUCCAUUCUCACAGCGAGACUACAUCAUGCUGGGUGUUGAUUUAGGACGGGCACUCUAUUUUACCUAUGCGGCCGAACAAUAG